AUGAAACACAUCAAGGCUGUAGAGGCUGUCAAUGGACUUGUUAAACUUAUGCGUGUAGAUGGUUUCACUGCAUCAACUCUCAAGCAUCUCAAUGUGGUCAAGGUGAAUGCCGAUAGUGUUGUCUGUGAGAUGCCCGUUGCAAAAGCUCAUCUCAAUGUGAUGGACGGAUUGCAUGGCGGAGUGACAGCGACCAUUGUUGAUGUGAUGGGUUCUCUGGCAAUCGCUGCCAAAACUGGCACUGUCUACACUGGUGUUUCUACUGACAUAACUGUUCAAUAUCUUUCGGGUGGAAAAUUGAAUGAUAUGCUCCGUAUUGAAGCGGAUUGUCCCAAGGCUGGAAAAUCUCUAGCUUUUAGCCAUGUAAGAAUAUUCAACGGAGAAAAGAUCUUGGCAACUGGAAGGUAG